CGAAGUGGACACUCUCAUGGUGGUCUCAGUUCAAUGGGGAACUGUCUGUUUUCACAAGGUGCGGAUGACCUGUCGCUGCUGAACGAGUCCGAGGGGGGCAGCCUGCCCGGAGAGCCUCCGCCGCCCUACCAGGAGCGCACCCAGCCAGUGCCAGUGUACCAUCCCACCCCAGGUGAGAGUCGUCUGGCUUGCCAGCUGACCGAGGAGGAACAGGUCCGCAUUGCCCAACGAAUCGGCCUCAUCCAGCACCUGCCCAAAGGCAUCUUUGACCCCGGCUCCGACCCAUCUGACAAGAAAGUUAAAGAAUGUGUUAUCUGCAUGAUGGAUUUUGAGUACGGCGAUCCCAUUCGGUUCUUGCCUUGCCUUCACAUCUACCAUGUGGACUGCAUUGACCCCUGGCUGAUGCGCUCCUUCACCUGCCCCUCCUGCAUGGAGCCGGUAGAUGCAGCCCUGCUGUCCUCUUACGAAACCAACUGAGCAGCCCCAUGAUGGCUGCUCCUACCUAAAAGUAACUGCACCUUUUUUAGCCGAAACUGUCCUAGCUGUUUUAACAGGUAGCCAAGGUGAUGUGGCAUUAUGCAGAUGUUUGGAGGGUGUUUUAGAAUGCAAACAGAUGUUGAAAACUGUGCCCUACAGUACAUUGGUACUGUAGGUAGGUGUGCACCUAUUUGGGCUUUGGAAACUCUUUGCCUUUUACAGUAGGACAACGUGCCAAAUCAAGCUAGAUGAAGAAUAUGGAAAGCUGUACACGUAGCAAAAUAUUACUGCAAAGUAAUUUCACUUUUGUAUGACUGACAGUCUAUUGUAAUUUGUGAUUUUCAUGGUAUUUAGAUGCAUGUAAUUUACUUCCCCUUUCAAGACGUAAUGUGCAAUAUGUUAUAUCAAUGGAGUAAAUGCAGGAAACUUUUCAAACUAACCCUUGGCCUUGAAUGUCAGAAAAACACAGGCCUCUCUACUGAUAUGCAAUCAUCAAAACACAGAAAAAUUACCUACCUAAAAGUUUUCUGAAUAAAUUAUAUACUAUGAGGUCCGAUGACCAUUCAUGUCUAUGGCGCCAUGAGAUAAAAUGGUGUCAUUUCAGCUUUUGAAGAUAUUUGAAGAUUGGAUCUAUUUUAUUUGACUAGGGUCUUGUUGUCUAUACUGUAGUUUUUCCUUUGAAGCUGCUUUUAUUAAUGUGGAUCAGUUUUUUGGCCUUUCCACAAUAUGGAUCCUCUCCUCUGCUUUGCCUUGAGUUUGUGCUCUUGUUUUAAAACUCAGUCCUUAGUGUGUCCUUUUCAUUGUUUACCGUCAGUGACAUUUACAAAGACAAGAUAUGCUGUGCAAUCUCCCUUAGUGCACCUUGGGAUACCCUUCAUCUGCCACUUUGUGGCUUGUAGAUUGCAUAGAUGAUUGUGAGUUUUGAUGUGUGUGUGAUUUUUUUUUUUUUUUUUUUGAGGGGGAUGGUAGGUAGUGAUUGGCAUGUCAAGGUAACAUUGUGAAUUAACCCUGUCAGUUGUAAACCUUGUUAUAGUUACCUCUCUUUUUCUAGGUUGAAGCUGUUGGGUUUUGUUUUGUGUUGAUGGCCUUCUUACAGCAAGUGAUGCAUUUCCAGAGCUCCUGGGUGUGGUCAAACAAAAUGCUAUAGUAUUAUCUGAAACUGUCUGUGUAAAGAGAAGCUACAGCAAUAGAAAGGAAUGUAUCUUGAAUGUAAAGCAUUAUGUCAGCUUUUAAAGAUUUGGACAGCAUAUGUGACAGACAUUUCUGAUUUACUCAGGCUGCUGUGCCUUUUAAGGUUGAGGUAAGCCAAUUCCUGUGAAGUACUAUCAUUUCUGACAUGACUUGUGUUGUUAUUUUAGUUGUCCUCUAGGGGGAGAUAGAUACCAGCACUGUUCUGAUUUGUGUCAUGAUGGAAUAGGCCUAGGCUGAAGCCAGAAAUUUGCUCUGGCUGCUGUUAACAAUCAUUUUGUGUUUUAAUUUAUAAUGUGUGCCACUGGUGCACAGGUUUUAGGAAAAUCAUGAAGCAACAAUAAAAGUGGAUACCAAAUUUUA